AUGGACUGGAAUAACAAAAGAACAUUCCGUAGUCCACAUCUGCCUGUGGCGCUGGUAGCACCAUCCUUUAGCUCACAGUACCCACUAUAUGCAGCAGAUUGGGCGAACGACGGCAGUGACUGGAUUGCUCUAGGUUCUUUUCGUGAGGGCUUUCUGAACCGCAUCCAGGUCAUACGAGGAGACGUGGACACAGGCUCGCCAAUGCUGGCUGCUGAAUGUCACGCGGGAUCGCUGUUCGCCUCCAUGGCAGAGACAGCAGUGGAUUACCCAGUGACAAGGUUACAAUGGGAGCCACAUCUGGCACAGCGGCUAGCUGCUCUGCUGGAGGUGUUGCGUUUAUACCAAAUGGAAGACGAAGGCCUCGUGCAGACGCAUAUGUUGGCCAAUAACCUGGCCGGCGAUGGUGAUGUCAGCACAUUUCCUCCAGUAACUGCGUUCGAUUGGAACCGUGCAGACCCAUCUGUUUUGAUCACACUGUCGGUGGACACCACAUGCACUGUAUGGGACCUUGGACGGUCUACUGCACACGUCAAGACCCAGUUGAUUGCUCAUGAUCUGGAGGUGUUUGAUGUUCGCUUUCUCUACCAAUCCACUAGCGUAUUCGCCAGUGUGAGCAACGACGGCUCCAUGCGCGUGUUUGACCUUCGCUCUCUCGAGCAUUCCACUAUAGUUUACGAACCACCAGGGGCCCCUGGACCCACAACCAACUACAAUCCGCUAGCGCUUGUGCGUCUUCUGGCGUCCAAUGUGGACCAGCACCAUUUGGCCACAGUUGGUGUCAAUCUGAACCAGGUGCUCGUAAUUGACAUGCGCAUGCCUGGUGUCCCUGUGACCACGUUGGAUGGUCUGUUUGGAGGCUUGGCUACGGGUGCAGUCAACUCCCUUGAGUGGCAUCCACAACUGAACUUGCUUCUCACAGGCGGAGACGACUGUCAGGCAGUUGUGUGGGACAUUGGUUCGACGCGACCGCAACCAGAACCUAUAACAAUCGACACACCAGUACUUGCGCACAGCGAAGACUUGGAAGUCAAUCGUGUUUGUUGGCGACCUAGCGGAGACUGGAUAGGUGUGGUUAGUGGAAAGGACUUCCGGGCGGUGCAAGCGUAG